GGGAUGGCAUGCGGGAGGAGAAUGAAAACUUUUGCCUCGACCUGUGUCAUUAUCAGCGGCAUGACCAACAUCGCCUGUCUCAUUUAUGUCGGCUGGAUCACCAAUUCUAGCAAAAACCCGGUGAGAAAGUUGGAGGAAGAUAAAGGAGAGACGCAGCGCAUCAUGGAGAGACUUGAGAAACUGGAGAAUGUGGUGAAUACUCACAUCCAAGAAAGACCUCAGAAGGAAGGCGAAGACGUGGCUGAUGUUUCCCUCUCAGACUCUCCACUAUUCUCACGUUGGGGUCGGGACCUGGGACCCGAGAGUCGCCGUGUCGCCCAGCACAAGUUUCAGUAUUACGGUUAUAACGCCUACCUCAGUGACCGUCUCUCUCUGGACAGAGCUAUCCCUGAUCUAAGACCAGAUGGAUGUAGAAACAUUUCAUAUCCUACCACGCUGCCUCAAAUCAGCAUCGUCUUUAUUUUCCUGGACGAGGCGCUGUCGGUGAUCCUGCGCUCCAUCCACUCAGCCAUGCGCCGAACCCCCUCACACCUGCUGAGAGAGAUCAUCCUGGUGGAUGACUGCAGCAACAAUGCUGAACUAAUGAGUAACCUGCAGAGGUUUGUGGAGGAGACUAACCAGCGGCGCCCAGACUUCAUCAAGGUGGUGCAUCAUGACCGGCAGCAGGGUCUGAUCCGAGCUCGAGUGAGCGGCUGGAGGGCUGCCAGCGCACCAGUAGUGGCUCUGUUUGAUGCCCAUGUGGAGUUAAAUGUAGGAUGGGCUGAGCCAAUUCUGCACAGGAUUCAGGAGGACCGUACACGAAUCAUCUCCCCUUCCUUCGACAAUAUUAAGUACGACACCUUCGAGGUGGAGGAAUACCCUCUGUCAGCACACGGCUUUGACUGGGAACUGUGGUGUCGGUACCUGAACCCUCCCAGAGCCUGGUGGAGUCAGAACAACCACACUGCACCCAUCAGGAGUCCAGCGCUGAUCGGCUGCUUUGUGGUGGACCGGCAGUACUUUCAGGAGAUUGGUCUGCUGGAUGAAGGCAUGGAGGUCUAUGGAGGAGAGAAUGUAGAGCUGGGAAUUAGGGUUUGGCUCUGUGGGGGCAGUGUGGAGGUUUUGCCCUGUUCCAGAAUAGCUCAUAUUGAGCGUGCUCACAAGCCCUAUACAGAGGACCUGGCAGGUCACGUUCGCAGGAACGCUCUCCGGGUGGCUGAGGUGUGGAUGGAUGAGUUCAGGAACCAUGUAUACAUGGCCUGGAAUGUUCCACUACAGAACUCAGGAAUCAAUAUUGGAGAUAUCAGCGAUAGGAAGCUUCUAAGAGAGAGGCUGCAGUGUCGACCAUUCCACUGGUUCCUGCAGAACAUUUAUUCAGAAAUGAGAACGUACACUGACACCAUCGCCUAUGGUGUUCUGAAGAAUAGUGUGAGACCAGAUCUGUGCGUGGAUCAGGGGCCAGACUCUGACAACAUUCCCAUUUUGUAUUACUGCCAUGGCAUGACGCCUCAGAAUGUGUACUACACCAGCUUUGGGCAGUUACAAUUGGGUGUGUUGAGUCCAACUAUAGAUGACAAUGAUAACAAGUGCCUGGUGGAUGUGAACGGACGCCCACGACUGCUGGAAUGCAGCUACGCUCGAAACAAGCACAUGAAGCUCUCCUGGUUCUUUACUCAGGGAGCUUCCAUCCAGAACAUCGAGUCAAAGCGCUGUCUUGAGCUCAUCAAAAGCAAGGAUGUGGAGGUUGGCUAUCAGCUUGCUCUACAGACCUGCACAGACCAAAAAUGGACGAUUACGAACAUACUCCCUGGCAGCUUUGAGGCCGUCCAGCCCAAACGAAGCUUUACAGUAAACUAA